CCCACAGAUGAAUUGGCAAAUCUAAGUAUCCCACAGGUGUGAAAAACUAGGCAAAUUUAUAGUAAACAAUAGACAAUAGUUGACUGGCUUGUUGACAUUUACAGUAUAUUAAAGAUUAUGGUUCUGCUCCAGACCAUAAACUUUUUUCUAAAUGCUGAUUGGCUUGUUUAAGGUUCCUCCCACCAUUUUGCUAUUGUCAUUAAGGCACAGUAAGAUCAGAAGUCAGACAUUGUAAAGGACAUACACUAUGUAAUCUUCACAGGUGAGGGACACAGUUGCUAAUAAUGAUGGACAAUGUCUCAGUUGUGACAGUAUCCAUUCUUUCAGGUUUGAAUGAGACGCUGAGCCACACAUUUAUUCUUUUCUUUCUCGCUUUACUGUGUCAUUUUGCAAUUUUGCUGGUCAAUAUUUCUCUUGUGUUGUGAGGGGACAGACAACAUUCAAUUUUUACAAUCCAUGAUGGAUAAUGUCUCUGUAAUAACAAUGUUUUAUCUCUCAGGUUUAAAUGAGACAAUUAAUCACAGAUUUCUUCUCUUCUUUCUCACUUUAUUGUGUUAUUGUGCAAUUCUGCUGGUAAAUAUUGCUCUUGUUGUGACUGUCAUCUUGGACAAAAGCCUCCACGAACCAAUGUAUAUUCUGCUCUGCACUUUUUGCAUCAACGGACUUUACGGGACAGCAGGUUUCUAUCCCAAAUUUCUGUGGGAUCUGCUCUCUCCUGUUCAUGUCAUCUCUUACUCUGGAUGCCUCGUUCAAGCUCAUGUGAUGUACACUUACGCCUGUGGUGAUCUCUCUAUUCUUGCCGUCAUGGCAUAUGACAGAUAUGUGGCUAUAUGUCGACCUCUAGAGUACCACUGUGUCAUGUCCAGGCAAAGGGUUUUAAAGUUAGUGUGUUUCUCUUGGUUAACACCGUUCUGUGUUAUAGGCACAAACAUUUCUCUGACAGCACGGCUGAAGUUGUGCAGCCCUUAUAUCUCCAGACUCUUUUGCGUGAACUGGAUUAUUGUCUCGCUCGCUUGUUUCCGGGCUGAAACUCUUGUGAACAACAUUGUUGCAUACAUCACAAUACUCAUUUAUGUAUUUCAUGGUGUUUUCAUUGUUUGGUCCUACAUGUACCUCAUCAAAACGUGUGUACACUCAAUGGAAAACAGGGCAAAGUUCAUGCAGACAUGUGUGCCACAUUUGGUCUCCUUAACAACCUUUCUCUUUACUCUACUUUUUGAUAUCAUGACCAUACGAUACGGCUCAAAAGGGUUUUCUCAAACAUUUAAAAACUUUAUCGCUAUAGAAUUUCUUGUCAUACCUCCCCUCAUGAAUCCUCUCAUUUACGGUUACAAGUUGACCAAAAUUCGGAAAAGGUUUCAAGGUUUUUUCACUGCAUGUAUGAAAUGACUGUUGUCCUAAAAGCUUAUUUAGAAAGAUUCAUUACACCUUUAAAUGUCAAAUAUUAGCGGGUUUUCCUUCUUUAUCCAUUAGAUCUUGAACUCUUUUGAAUAAUGGUGAAUAAGUCUUGUUAUUUGAAAUAUAUUUUCAUAUGUAAUCUUUAUUUUUUUUCUACUUUCAGUGGAUUGUACAGGUAAUUGUAAAAUUUUAAUGUCAUAUAUCAGCUCAUCACUUGAAAAAAAAUUGUUAACACAUACCUUCGUACUACAUAAAUGCAUUUUGUAUUGAUAUUAUUUAUUUAAUUAUUGCAAAUUAAAGAAAAUCAACUUUUCCUCAUGAUUUCUUCUAAUGAUUGAAAAAGCAAACCUGUCAAGUAAGACACACAUUAAGCAUCUGGUGAAGAAAAAGGUCAUGAAAUUAUACAGGUAACUCUUCUUCAUUUAGCGGUGCACAAAGAAACUGAGGAAAUGCACUUUUUGUUUCCCUUUUUUCUGGAUUUUAUUUUAUUUUUUUCCAAUAUCACAAUUCAAAAUUGCAUGUUUUUUUUUUUAAGACUUAAAACUUAUCUUUUUACUCUAGACUUCAACUAGCUCGAUUUUAUUCCACCUGUGUUGUGUUUUAAUUACAUUUUUGGUUUAUUCAAAAAGUUAUAACAGGGUUUUGUGUCACCUUUCACCUCUCACACACAGAAACUCCACUAGUGAAAAGCUUCACACAUAGUCAAUGACUACUGUUGUAGCACCACCAUGUGGCCAUGUCCGAAAAGCAUUCUGCAAGUUUAUGAGGGGAGUUUGGCUCCCGUCACACCUGUGCAAUGGAAGAAGACAACGGCAGCAGCAGAUGCCCACAGAUACUUUCCCCUGGGAACAACUGAUAGUCGUCAUGAUGAUGCAGGACUCAUUCAGGCGGAUGAUACUGAAGAGAGAACUGGUUGUUUUUGGGAAUUAAAAAAGUCACGAGACAAAACAAAGUGGCUAAUAAUUCUCUAAUGCUCUUUUUAGGUUUAAAGGUCCAAUGUGCAAAAUUUAGAUGUGGGGGAAACACGUGCAGAAGCAAUAUUCAACCAAUAUAUAUAUAAUGCAGGAAAGGACAAUCGGAUUAAUAAAUAACGCAGGAAAGCAAGAAAUAAUGUACUUUUAAAAAAAAUUAAUUUAAAAAAUCCAAAUGUGCCAGGACAACUUUAAAAAGUAUGUAGUAUGUGUGCUAGUAAAAACAUAACAUAACACACAACAUGCGACUUUACUAAUAAAUGCUGCAAAAUUUUGACACACUGUACCUUUAAAUAAACAUUUUUGAGAUCUGUUCUGUAUUUAUGGUUAUUAGACUUUUUUAUUGUAUCAUUAUCAUUUUUGCCGUUAUAAAGCAAUGACACAAAUGUUCUUCAAAACACAUUAAAUGUAUGUAGACCAUACAAUAAAUGGCUGUUUUCAAUUACACUAUUAUCAACAAAACUGCAUAUGUUGCAAUAAUGAUUAAUCCUCUGUUUCAUCUUA